UUUUUAUCCGAUCCGAUGGAGUUUUAUGUGUGUUUGUAGACCUAAAAUCGUAAAAACUUUCAAUUGAAAAAAAAAUACCUGUAGCUACGAACUCUCUAUAAUUUAAUUUAUUUCUGUGUACCGCCCUCUGUUGACUGAAUCAAUUAUUUUGUUGCAUGGAAACACAUAGCAUGCAGUGUGUCGGAAGAAAAAUAGGGAAGUGUUGCGAGGUUGUUGCUUGAACACUUUAUUUAUUUUAACCUCUCUCUUACUUGCAUAUAAAAUCCAGUAACAGAAAGGAAUUGUUUUCAAUAUGGGGUGACCAGUAACUUCAAUUGAUAUCAAAUAUGAGACACCCACCUGAAAACACCAGCCAUUUUGAGUUCAACCUCGGGAAAGCACCGGAACUUCGAUGUGUUCACAGUCAGAUCACAACAACAUGCGGUGAAUGUGCCUCAUGCACACUCGGGACAAAACUGAUUCAAACCAAGGAAUGGUUUCAACGUGCAGGAGAAACCACACGGCAGAAGUACAUCCUUGGUUUAAUUCAACGCUUCCACAGUGCCGAUCUUCUCCGGUAUGUCGUUCGUCUUCUUAAACCUCUCCUCUGCAAGGACUAUACGUAUGCACGGUCAAGAACAAAUGCCAGUAUUAUUGGUGACAGCGCAGAGUUUUCAACUGACCGUGCCUUAUCAAAGUCUGAUCUGGAUGAAGCCAUGCAAGAACUAUGGGACUGGUUCCUUGAAGCAGGUUAUUGGAGCAAGGCAAACUAUAUGAUGGGUGUUCUUCAGAAUUGUAAUGGAGACCUUCUACAUAGGGCAGGAACCUUGGCUAGAACUAUGCUUGUCAACGAAGAGAAAUUGGAAGAGAAUCAGCGUAAAAAUGAAUUUCUAGAUGAUGUUGAAUCAUUGGCCUCUACAAUAUAUUCAUAUGAUUCCUAUAAUUACCCCGAAAAUGAGCUUCUAAGUUCCGCUAAACCGGGAUAUUUUGAUCCAAUAACGAACCCUCUAGCCAGUGAGCACCUAGAGCCCGACCACGUCCUUGUUGAGGAUUAUGAGGAAGAUUUUGACCAGAUGUCACUAAUCACAGAUUCAUCAGUCGACCCAACACUUAGCAUCAUGCCAAUGUCUAUGAGAGCUACUAGUGGUGUUGCGAAAAGACGCGACUUUAUACGUGAUUUGCCUGUGUUUUUAGCGAAGUAUAUUUUGAACUUUUUGGACUGCAUGUCAUUGGCACAGUGUAGGCAGGUGUCGUUAAGUUGGCAUGUCGUCGCGAAAGAGGUCGAAGGUGAAAGAAUCGUGCAGCAGGAACUUGUUGAAGAUGUCAUGCUAAUGCAGGGAUCUUCAGCUCAGGGUGGGAACCCUGUCUAUGCUAAACACAUCAAGAUUCCAGUACCACAGCUUAUUCCAGACACAAGAGACCCUUUACCUGCAGAUACACCUCCUGAUAAUGUGUCUUAUCGUAGUGAGAUCAACAUUGACUCGUGUUACAGUGGUAUUGUUACAGAUGAAGUUGAGAUGGAAGAACGAAACGUCUACUGCGGUGGUUACAAUGUUAUGGUAUUAUCCGAUCAACACGAUUUUAACCGAGUGGUGCACUACAACUAUGGGAAGUUAACUGCCAUUGGUUCAUUUGACCGUCAUGUACAAUUUCUUGACGUGGCAACAGGAAGACCAUAUGGACCAGUAAUGACCGGCCAUGCAGGGUCUGUUCGUUGUGUUUAUAUAAAUGAAAGCCGAAACUUUGUUCUUAGUGGGAGUUAUGAUACAAGUAUCAGAUGUUGGGAUCUUAAAACAGGUCGGCCAAUCAAGAUCUUCCGUGGACACCAGGGGACUGUUAUUUGUUUGGAUAUGUUUGAAGAUUUUUUAGUAUCUGGAGGAAAAGACAAUGCUGUUAAAGUUUGGAACUUUGAAUCCGGUAAGUGUCUUCGUACAUUUAAACAUCGGUAUCAAGUGCUAACUGUAGCUGUAUAUGGUGAUCGUGUUGUCAGUGGUUGUCAAGGGGGAAAGGUCAAGGUCUGGUCAAUUGAAGAUGCAUGUCUGAUAAAGCGUUUGGAUGGUCCAUUAGGCCAUCGCGGUCCAAUUCAGGCGGUGAAGAUUGAUGAAUGGCACAUAGCUACUGGUGGUAGUGAUGGUUACGCUUUGGUUUGGAGCGCCGUUGGAAAUCACAAGAGAAUCAUCAAUUCUUUACGACACCCAUUGGCUGUGCUGUGUCUGCAGAUUACGUAUUUACGCCUGGUAACGGGUUGUGAAGAUGGAAAGUUGCGAAUCUGGAAUAUGCUGAAGUCUGAGUGUUUACGCGUGUUGCGUGGCAACAGCCGUUCUGAUCCCAUCCUCAGCAUAUGUCCCUGUGGAGAAAGACUGAUGUUAAAUACGAUAAACAACUUACUUAUUUUGAACUUUGAGGAAGUAAAGUGGAAUUAUGAACAAGUAGAAGAAAAAAUAGAAUUGCUGCGAUACAAAAAUCAUUACAAGGAUGCACCCUUAAGACACCAUUCCUACACUUAUGUCCGUGCUCAACGCAGUGAUCGUGCGCAGUCAGCCAAUCCAAAGGUGAUCAAACAUGGCCAAAUUGAGCCUGUGGUUGAAUGUAUCAGUCCAGGUACAACAAAAGGUAAAAGUUUACCUCAUAGUACACGAGGACUGAGUGCAAACAGCCGCAGGAGGGCAGAGUAUUUUCAGAAGGUUGUGAGGGAUGUAAACCUGACGCAGAGCCUCAGGGGUAGUGUUUUCCACAACACACAGGCUUCCGAGUCUAGACCUGGGUCAGCAAUAAACAAAGGCAGGGCCACAAGACCUCCAAGUGGCGCCGGCAAGUGGAAUGCUACCGAAAGAUCACCGAGCCAAAUGUCAUCAACAAAAUCGUCAGGAGAAGAUUCCCGCCCUACUACCUCGCUCUCUAACAGCCUGCAAGUCUCGCGUUCUCCAACAGGAAUACUAAAAAGUCCAAUCAUACGUCCUCUUACAUCCUUCUCAAAUAAUAUGGAACCAUCAAGUCUAAACCAAUUACAAGUGGAAAAAAGAAUACAAAGUGCUCCAGCAAGGGUGACAUUUCGAGCUGAUUCACACCUAUCGUACUCAGAAAGUAAAGCUCUAUAUCGAUCAAAACUACGAACAAAAGGUCGAAAAACACCCCAGGACCAAUUGUUACUGACUGUCAACAGUAUUGAAAGCUCAAAACAAAACACUGAAGUUGUACAGAACACUACGCAUAAUGUCAAAGAUAUUUUCCACGCCCCCAGGGUUGUCAACAUCAGCAACAUGCCUAAAACCAGGUCCGUGAUUCGCAAGGCAUUCCCCGCAAAACAAACUGACAGUUACCGUACCAAAGACAAGGAGUGGCUUAUCACAAAUAUCGAGCAGGUUCCUGCAGAUAAAAAAGUAUUUGAAAGUAUACACCCUAAGUGUGUGCAGACAAGUAUACCAAGAGUACAGGUCAUCCGACCAAACACAGCGGAAAUUAUCAGAAUUUCUCCAAGCAGAGAUAAUGCCGCAUUACGAUCAAGUAGUGCUGGGCCUGUUCUGAGACAUGCAAACAACUUUGAGAAAAUAGUACCAAAGGCAGCACAGAGGCCUAGGAAAUACCAUGGAUAUACCACAUCGUCCACUGCCGAUGUUGUUCCCAUGCCGAUGUUUAUUGGAGAAAGCAAGCCAGUGUUGAAAGCUAAGCCUCCGUACCUCGGUGCGCCAGAUUCCAGAGUGUCAGAUCCACUUGCAUUCAACUCAAAUUUCAAAAUUCGAACACGGGAACAAACAGAUAAAUAUUUGAAGUUUGUUUCUGGGCUGCAGAAACAGUACGAGGAAAGUGAAUCAUUAAAAGCCGAGAAAAAACAAAAGAAACUCUGGUUAAAAAAGGCUACCUGUAAGGCAGUUAAGUGCUAGUAUAAUUAAUAAUAGGAAUUCUGUAUCACCGCUUAGGGUAUACCUAUUUCUAUAGUAUAAUAUGCUACAUAUGGGUAGUGGUACACAAAAAUAGUGUUUGUGCAUUCAGCCAUUUAGAAUUUUUUUAUACAUUGAUAUGGAACAGCUCAGUUAAAAUAAAACGCAAGUUUUUCCUUGUUUAUUUAUUGAUUUUUAAGAUAAAGCAAUAUUUUAUAUUUUUACCAAUAGUGUAUGUUUUUUCAAUAACUAUUAAUAAUAAUAAAAAUAAUAAUAAUAAAGAUAAUAAAUAAUAAUGACAACAAUAACAAUAAAAAGUUGUAAAAUUAGCUCAAAAAUAUAAUUUUCAUGCACAUACUGUAUGUACAAUGAAGUUGGUGUAGGCGGUGGGAUGCUUGUCUUCCAAUCCAUGGGUGGUGAGUUCAAACCCUCCCUUUGAGGGCCUUAAAUGAUCACGUCUCCACUCAACAAGCCUCAUAUACUGUAUAGAGAGAUUUGGUUUAUAGAGCGCCAAGGGACACAUUAUCAGCUUAGCUGGAUGGACCCCCCUCAUUAAAUGUGGUGUAAAUUAAAAAUACUGUAUAUAAAUCAAGUCAAGUUUACUUUGUAAGUUUGUUGUUGAGGUGAUUAAGUCUUGAAAGCCAACAGGUAUAUUCCUUCUCUUCCUUUAUACUGUGCUUUACAGUAUUAACUGUGUGCCAGUUAUUGUACAUAUACAUUUUAAUGAAUCCAAGAUUUGUGUUAUAUUUGUGCUGCCAAAAAAACAUUAGUCUUUCCAUGUUGUGUAUUUCCAGUUAUAUAAAAGUUGUUUAUAGCGAAUAAUUUGUGCUACGCAUUAGAUAUUAUUAGCAUCUAUAUUUAAAAAACUGAAAAUUUGAAAUUAAUUUAUCCAUUAACUAAUGUAGCUAUGUGAAUUACUAUGCAAGUGUUGAAAAAAAAAACCAAAGAAUUUAGGUGCAAAUAAAGAUUAAAAUGGCUGUACAUAAUGAAACAAAGAUUUAAUAAAAAAA